ACGUCUGGUGAAAACCUCUCUCUCUACAAUCCCCACCGUCUCUCUCCUCUCUCUCUCUCUCUCUCUCUGUCUGUGGCCAAGUUCGAGUCGCCCCAUGGCCACGCCGAAGCCCCGGUCGGGGCGAUCCACCUCUCUUCGCGAGCCCGGCGACAACAUUCGACUCACUGAGUCCGAGAAGAUCGAAGGCACUGGUAGCUGGGAGACCCUCGAAUGGACCAAGAUCGAGCCGGCUCCGAGGUCUGUUCCUGAUGGGUUGCUAGGGUUUUUGCUUGAAGCGGAACAGGUCAUAGUAGAGGGAUAUUAUGGUGUUGUUCUAGUAAACACAGAUGAGGCAGGUACCUUAUUUGUAACCAAUUAUCGCCUUCUUUUUCUGAGUGAGGGAUCCCGGAACAUAAUUCCUCUUGGCACCAUCCCCUUGGCUACGAUCGAGAAGUUCAACAAAAUUGCUAUGAAGCUUCCAUCAGCCCCUCGACAGUCAGACAGGGCUCCAUCACGUCGACUGCUCCAGGUCAUUGGCAAGGAUAUGAGAAUAAUUGUCUUCGGCUUUCGCCCACGGACAAAGCAGAGACGUGCUGUAUUUGAUGCAUUGUUGAGGUGUACGAGGCCUGUAAGACUCUGGGAUCUCUAUGCCGUCAGUUCUCGUCCUUCUAGAUUCAGUAACAACAACCCAACUGUGCGGUUACUAAAUGAGUACUUUAGGCUUCUGGGAAAGGUUUCUUGUAACGCAUCAGCUAGCAGUAUUGAAGAUGGGUCCUACACAGUGUCUAAUGAAUGGUGGAGAAUUAGUGCAGUGAAUUCAACUUAUACAAUGUGCCCUACUUAUCCGUUUGCCUUGCUUGUCCCCAAAUGCAUUAGUGAUGAAGAAGUGCUCCAGGCUUCCACAUUCCGUGCACGGUGUCGAUUGCCUGUGAUUUCAUGGUGUCAUCCAGGAAACGGAGCUGUUCUCGCACGGUCAUCCCAACCUCUUGUUGGUCUCAUGAUGAAUAUGAGGAGCAAUGCUGAUGAAAAACUAGUUGCUUCACUUUGCACUCACCUUACUGGUCCAAAGCAGCCACGGAGGAAGCUCUAUAUAGCAGAUGCAAGACCUCGGAAAAAUGCCUUGGCAAAUGGGGCAAUGGGUGGUGGUUCAGAGUCAUCUUCUAAUUACUUUCAGUCCGAGAUAGUUUUCUUUGGAAUAGAGAAUAUACAUGCAAUGAGGGAUAGUCUUUUUCGGCUUAGAGACUAUUUAGAUACUCAUGGUGCAACUUCAUCAGAUGGAAUGUCGUCAUUCUUGAGACAUGGUGGGUGGACUUGGGGUGGAGGUAAUCUCAGCAGUAUGUCUGCUUCUGUAUCAACACUGGGAGACACCGGUUGGUUAAUACAUGUUCAGAAUGUUUUGGCUGGUUCUACUUGGAUUGCAGCACGUAUUGCUUUGGAAUCAGCAUCAGUGCUUGUUCAUUGCAGUGAUGGAUGGGACAGAACAACUCAAUUGAUCUCCCUUGCAAAUUUGUUGCUAGAUCCAUAUUACCGGACUUUUAAGGGGUUUCAGGCAUUAGUGGAAAAGGACUGGCUUGCAUUUGGUCAUCCAUUUGCAGAUCGCAUGGGGAUGCCAACUUCAUCCGGUGGUGGUAGCAUGCUUUAUGAAUUAUCUAGGCAGUCUUCAACUGGUAGUUUCCCAUCAUCACCCAUGCGUCAAUCAUCAGGAUCGUCCACAUCUCAAGCUCAAAGUUCUUCUCAUGGACAAAAUUCGAACAACUACUCUCCCAUAUUUUUGCAGUGGGUUGAUUGUGUUUCACAGCUGCUGCGGAUGUAUCCUUUUGCAUUCGAAUUCUCCUCGGCUUUUCUGGUGGAUUUCUUGGACUGUGUGCUCUCUUGUCGCUUUGGAAACUUCUUGUGCAACAGUGAGAAGGAAAGACAGCAAUCUGACAUUUUUGAUACAAGUGGAUGCUUAUGGAUGUAUUUGGCUGAUCUGCGGGCUUCGGAGGGAAGUUCUCAUGUACACUUUAACCUCUUUUAUGAGCCAUCAAAACAUGAAGGACCACUAUUGCCGCCUGCAGCAGCUUUAGCCCCAACUCUAUGGCCCCAAUUCCAUCUUCGAUGGGCCUGUCCUUCAGAAGCCCAAGCAGGGGAGGUUGAAGCUCAAUGUAGGAGCCUCGCUAAGAAAUUCUCCGAACUGCAAAAGGCAAAAGAGGCGGCGGAAAUGAAGGCUAAAGAAAUUGCUGCUACAACAGAGUCCUUGAGCGCAGCAUUGCAAAAUGAGAAACAAAUCAGCAGCUCAGCCAUGAAUUUGGCCAAAAGGGCAACAAAGGAAAGUGCAGCAAUAAAGCGAGCGAUACAGUCACUGGGAUGCAAGGUUCACUUCUCUGGCAGCGGCGAUUGUACUGUCAACAUUGAGAGCAACCAAACUGAGAUACCACACAAACUUAUUCAAUCUCCUUCGAAAAGAGAAUCAGAUGGCAACAUGUUGCAGAAUGAUGACAAAUCGGAUCUUUCCGUUUCUAUAACGGUUAUUGAUGAGGUGGAUUCCAAUAAUCCAAUUAGUAAGGUUUGUGAAUCGUUAUGCCCAUUACGCACUCGAGACAGAGGGUGUCGGUGGCCCGACGCUGGUUGUGCUCAAUUGGGAAGUCAGUUUGUUGGACUCAAAGCGAACUUUGAUGCUUUUGAUCGUCUUUCUAUUUACGACAGUUAUUUCCGCUCAGAAUGAAAACCCUUAAUUUUUAGAUAUUCCAGUGGUAGCAACAAACUUUUGACCAUAGUUAUCCAUUCUGCAAGGAAGGAAUUGGAUGCAGUUUUGUAGGUAAGGCUUGUUUGGGAUAGGGAUUUCAGUGAAUUAGCACCGAGGAUGUAUAUCGGCACGGCACUUGAUAUUUAUGGGCAUCGGGAAUAUGUACAGUGAGAAUGUAGAGUUUGUUCUCGAGUCUGAACCAAUUUGACUUUGCGACAAUGGCGAGGAUCUAAACAAAAAUGCUCGGAGAAUAAUUCAUUUUUAGAGCUGUUUGCAGGUGUUCCUUAGUCGCUUCUCUACAUUUUUUCUUUUCUUAUGUAAUUCAUUGGGGCACGUUGCACAUUGCCAUUCAUGUUGGGAAUAAGAUUAACUUGUGUACAGAUUCUUUGACUGGUUCAUGAUUGUUGUAGUUUGGAUCUGAAUUCAUGUAAUCUGGGUUGGUGUUGAAUAAAGCUUUGUACUGUAUUUGUUUGGAA